AUGGCGGAAUUCGAUGGUUUAGGCUAUUUCAUAUCAACUGAUGAAGCAUGGUUUCGUGCCACUGAUUUUGGUGUGGUGCUCAAAAGAAGAUUGACGCUCGAUUUUGAUGGUAAUAUUAGAAUGUAUAGCCUAGAUGAGGCCAAAGGGACAUGGAAUGUUUCUUGGCAAGCCUUAUCUCAACAAUGUACGAUUCAUGGCAUUUGUGGACCAAAUAGUCUUUGUAGUUAUGUUCCUAAGUCUAGUAGAAUAUGCUCUUGUUUACCAGGAUUCAAGAUAAAAAAUCCCAUUGAUUGGUCUUAUGGUUGUGAACCUGAAUUCGAAAUCAACUGCAAUAAUACUGAGGUUCCUUUCCUUCAACUCCCUAAUGUUGAUUUCUUUGGCUACGAUAUCCUUUACAUGCCAAAUUUAACUUUCUGCCAGUUUAAAAAUGUAUGCCUGCAAUCGUGCAUUUGCAAGGCUUUCAUGCACAAAUUCAACAUAGAGAAAAACGUCUUUGACCGUUAUCCGAAAUUCCUCUUGUUUAAUGGAUACCGGUCGCCUAGUUUUCGUGGAAUCACUCAUUUAAAAGUGCCUAAAGCUGGAAAUGUUUUUUCAAACAAAGACAAUUCUCCAAUAAUGUCAAUGUUGAAUUGCUCAGGAGUCAGCGGAUCAUCAGAAACACAUAGAAUAUACAUGAAAGCAAAAGAAAAUGAAAAGCUAAGAUUUUUAGUGUGGUUUGCCUGCGGUAUUGGCAGUGUUGAGAUGACCUGCAUCUUUUUAGUUUGGUGUUUUCUGUAUCGGACUAACAAUAGAGAGCCCGAAGUGGGGGGCUAUUUUCUUGCUGCAACUGGCUUUAAGAAAUUCGGUUACACUGAGCUCCAAAAGGCUACAUUGGGUUUCACUGAAGAGAUUGGAAGAGGUGCGGGAGGUGUCGUGUACAAAGGUUUACUGNAGGCAGAAGAAGAAGAAUGUUAUUGA